ACCCUUCCUCAUUUACGCCCCUUCGAUCUGCCAAAUCCUAAAACCGGGAUAGGAAGGGCGUUUCGAAGGAAGCGUACCUCAUCGCUCGAUAUUCUCUCAUCGAAACGAGCCCCCAGAGAUUACUACAAGGGGAAGAAUUGCAAGUCUACUGGUUUCCACACUCGCAAAGGUGGAUAUGUUGUGAUGCAGGAGAAGUUGCCAAACUAUGUUGUUCCUGAUUUGACUGACUUCAAGCUCAAACCUUAUGUAUCACAGUGCCCCAGAGAUGUCAAAAUGGCGGAGGCUGCUGAAUCAGCUAAUUUAUAAGAUGAAGGAUUGUAUGAUCUUCUUGCUUUCAUCAUCUAAUUGCUAUCUGGUUGAACAAAAUAGAACGUGUUCUUGUGGUGUCCAAUAACUGGCUCGGCCUAUUGUCAAUUCUUCAUUUCUAUGCCAGUUUCUAAGCAAUUAACCAUUGUAAUGCCUGCAAAUAUUGAGAUAAGAUCAGGUUGCUUAAGAGAACAUCAUUAGCUUACUAUUUGUUUGUAGCUAGCUACAAUAUUAUCUCAACCCCGACCAACUUU